AUGGUCGAUGAUACGUGCGCGGCUUCCUGCCGGCUCUCUGGUCUCCCAAGCGGCUACAUAGCGGGCUGGGCACCUAUUUCAGUCAGUACCACUCUCACACAUGCCACUAUAAUCGAAAUCAUCAACACCGACCUCGGUACAACGAAGACAUCCACGAUAUACGAUGACGAGGUUCCUUUACCCACGAAUAUCAACAAUGACGGCUUUCGCACGCAAAAGGUGUCCUAUACCAGGGAUGGGAAAGCGAUGACUACAGACAUUGCGUUUCCCACAUCAUUCCAAGUCAUCCCACAGCAAUGGGUUUGGAGCGGCAUUCUCUCCACGCUCAACGACGACGGCGAGUCCACCUGCGUCACGACAUCAGGUGCAACCUUCUCGCACGACUACUACUCUCAGCCAACUGCUUUCACCGUACCUUCGAGGGCUGAUGGAUUAGACGAUCCGCAGGGUUGGUUAUGGCAGCCACAGCGCCUGGGAGCGGAUAGGCCUGAUAGGGAUGCAACAGACCAGGACGCCCUAGUGUCUUGCGCAGCAACGGCUAACGCGCCUGUCGAGCCCGCAUACGCAGCUGCCAUCCAAGCCGACUACCAGCUCUGCAAGUUUGAAGGCGGCAAACGAGCCCACGGCUGUAUCAUCUUCAUCGACGUCACCACCGACAUCAACGACGAACAAAGCAUCGCCGCGGACGACCCUGAAACUGCAGCUGCUACUGCUCAGUGUAGCAGCAUUUGGAUGGCUAUGUUAGCACAGCUCCGGGAAGGAUGA